UGCGAAUGCGGUGUGGUUCGUGCGUCGUCCCUGCUUUACUUCGUGUUGGAUGCUAAGGCGAAACACCAGUGUUGAACGUUGUUUAUCCUGUGCUGUUUUUAAUACGACCCCCAAAAACUCACAAAUUGUACUCCUCUUGACUUGCCAAUUUUGGAAAUUAUCUCCGGUAUCACUACACCCUGAUAGACAUUAACGCAAAUAGGGAAAAAGUUCAGCAAAAAAGAGAUAUAAGGACAACCACAACUUGUCUAGUGGUUAAAUGGCUGAAGCGUGGCAAGGUCCGCCGAAACAGGGCUUGUACGACCCUCAGUUUGAGAAGGAAGCUUGUGGAGUCGGAUUUAUUGUUGCUAUAGACGGUCGUCGUUCUCAUAAGAUUGUUCGCGAUGCCCAGCGUCUUGCAAUUUCGAUGAACCAUCGUGGCGCCUGUGCCUGCGAUAAUGACACUGGAGACGGCGCCGGCGUCCUCACCGCCAUUCCACAUGACUUCUAUUCCGUCAAGCUUAGAGAUGAGCAAAACGUCGACUUGCCCCCGUUUGGCAAAUACGCCACCGGAAUUUUCUUCUUGGACAAACUUCACCACCAAGAAUCCGAAGCAAAGUUCGAAGCUCUGGCAGAGGAAUUGGGGAUGUCCGUGUUGGCGUGGCGUACCGUACCAACCGACAAUUCCUCCAUAGGCACUGUGGCCAAAAAUACUGAACCUUUCAUGAGACAAGUUUUUGUGAGUGUUAAGGGCGAAGUUCCCGAUGAGGAACUAGACCGCCGUUUCUUCAUUCUGCGUAAACGUGCCAGCCAUACCAUUUCUUCCCAAGGCAAAAGGUUCUACAUUUGUUCCUUCAGUCAAAGGAUUGUAGUUUACAAGGGACAGCUGACUUCCGACCAACUCUGGAUGUACUUCCCGGACCUUGCCGACCCUCUCUUUGACACCUACUUGGCCCUGGUGCACACCAGAUUUUCCACCAACACUUUCCCCAGCUGGGAACGCGCCCACCCACUUAGGAUGUUGGCCCACAACGGCGAAAUCAACACUCUGCGUGGCAACGUCAACUUGAUGAAAGCCCGUGAAGGCGUAAUGUCCAACGAGGACUUUGGUGAAAGCAUCAAAAAACUCUACCCUGUCGUGGAACCCAACCUCUCCGACAGUGGCUCCGCCGAUUGCGUCUUAGAAUUCCUGGUGCAUGCCGGUAACCGGAAACUUCCAGAAGCAGUCAUGAUCAUGGUCCCCGAAGCCUGGCACAACGACCCAACCAUGUCGGAGGAAAAACGCGACUAUUACCAUUGGGCCUCGUGCAUUAUGGAGCCAUGGGACGGCCCAGCGUUGAUUUCGUUCACAGAUGGUCGAUUUAUUGGGGCCAUCCUCGAUAGAAACGGUCUGAGACCUUCGAGGUUUUACAUCACCAAAGAUAAUAUAAUGAUUAUGGCGAGCGAGGUUGGGGUUUACGAUGUGGAUCCGGCUCAAGUCAUUCUGAAAAGUCGUCUUAAGCCUGGAAGGAUGUUGCUAGUUGACACUCAAGCGAAGAAAGUGAUCGAGGAUGUGGAACUCAAACAGCAUAUUGCGCGGUCAAGGCCGCACUCAGAGUGGCUCAAGGAGAAGAUGAUCACAAUGGAGGAGUUGCGCAAAGCCCACUUGGAGGCCAAUCGUCCCGCUAAGCCAACCUACGAACCCAGCGGACUUGGCGACAAAAGACUAUCGCUUUAUGGAUACUCCACCGAAACCAUCCAUAUGCUGCUCCUACCCAUGAUUAACAACAAAAAAGAGGCUUUAGGCAGUAUGGGCAACGACAUUCCUCUCGCUUGCCUCUCCUCUUUCGCCCCCAUCCUCUACGAUUAUUUCAAACAACUCUUUGCCCAAGUCACCAACCCGCCCAUCGACCCCUUCCGCGAGAAAGUCGUGAUGUCACUGCAAUGCCCCAUCGGACCCGAAGCAAACAUCCUCAAACCUGAUCCUCAACAAGUCCACCGAUUGUGGCUCAAACAACCGGUUAUUUCAAUCUCCGACUUGGAAGUCCUCAAAAUGACUUCUCACCGGAAUUGGAGUGCGCACGUUAUCGAUAUCACUUUCCCGGCCGAGACUGGAAUCCCCGGAUUUUUGAAAAAACUACAAGAUGUUUGUGAUGAGGCUUACGAGGCGAGCAAAUCGAACCAAAUCAUUGUUUUGUCAGAUAGAAAAGCGGGAAAAGAGCGAGUUCCGAUUAGUAGUCUCUUAGCGUUGGGGGCUGUUCAUCACCAUUUGAUUGAAAUGCGGGCCCGUAUGAAGGUUGCCCUCGUUGUGGAGAGUGGCGAGGCUAGAGAGGUCCACCAUAUUUGUGUGCUUUUGGGGUAUGGGGCUGAUGCGAUUUGCCCCUAUUUGGCGUUGGAAUUGGCGUCGAGUUUGAGGGAUCAAGGAGUUCUUGAUACUUCUCUUACUGAUGAGGCUAUUUACCAGAAUUACGCACAAGCUAUGCAGACUGGAAUUAAUAAAGUUAUGGCCAAGAUGGGGAUUUCGACCUUGCAGUCGUACAAGGGGGCACAAAUAUUCGAAGCUGUAGGAUUAGCCGAGGAUGUUAUUGACAAGUGCUUCAAAGGAACUCCUUCGCGUCUUGGCGGUGUAACGCUAGAAACCCUUGCCCUAGAAACCUUCGACCGUCACCGAAACACCUUCUCCGUAGCCGCUGAUUCUCUCAUACUCCGCGACACCGGUAAUUUCCACUGGAGAGCAGGUGGUGAGAAACAUCUCAAUGAACCUGCAAGCAUCGCUGCCUUACAAGAAUCUGCAAUUAAUAACAACAAAACAGCGUACGAAAAAUUCAAAGAAUCUACAAUGGAAUCCGUGCGAAACUGCAUGUUGAGAGGCCGUUUCGAAUUGAGAACUUUGGACCAGCCUCUACCACUAGAUGAAAUCGAGCCUGCAUCAGAGAUUGUCAAAAGAUUUGCAACAGGUGCAAUGAGUUUUGGUUCAAUUAGUUUGGAAGCCCACCAAACUCUAGCAAUUGCGAUGAAUAAAGUGGGUGGGAAGAGUAACACAGGAGAGGGUGGUGAAGACCCUGAGCGAUAUCUUGAUCCACAGAAACGAUCGUCGAUAAAACAGGUGGCUUCAGGCCGGUUUGGGGUCACCUCAUCGUACCUAGCCCACGCUGAUGAUCUACAAAUCAAAAUGGCUCAAGGGGCUAAGCCUGGAGAAGGCGGUGAACUUCCCGGUUACAAAGUGUCUGCUGAUAUCGCAAAGACCCGUCACUCCGUCGCUGGGGUGGGCCUAAUCUCUCCUCCCCCACACCACGACAUCUACUCAAUCGAAGACUUGGCCGAGUUGAUUUACGACUUGAAAUGUGCCAAUCCCCGCGCUCGCAUUUCUGUGAAACUCGUGUCGGAAGUCGGCGUCGGCGUUGUCGCUUCCGGUGUCGCCAAAGGCAAAGCCGAGCACAUUGUCGUUUCCGGUCACGACGGCGGCACCGGCGCCAGUUCUUGGACCGGUAUUAAACACGCCGGUCUUCCUUGGGAACUCGGCAUUGCUGAGACUCACCAAGUGUUAGUUUUAAACAAUUUACGAUCUCGUAUCGUGCUCCAGGCUGACGGCCAAAUCCGCACAGGUUUUGACGUCGUCAUCGCAGCCUUGCUGGGAGCCGACGAGAUUGGUUUCAGCACGGCUCCUCUAAUCGUAAUGGGUUGUACUAUGAUGCGAAAAUGUCAUCUAAACACUUGCCCAGUAGGUAUCGCAACACAAGACCCGAUUUUGCGAAAAAAAUUCACCGGACAACCAGAACAUGUCAUUAACUACAUGUUCAUGUUGGCGGAGGAAGUCAGACAGUUGAUGGCGAAGCUGGGAGUUAGGACUUAUCAAGAGUUAGUGGGACGCACGGACUUGCUGAAAGUCGCUGAGAGUGGAAGUCCGAAAGCCAAAAUGCUCAAUCUGAAUCUCAUAUUGCAAAAUGCGCUGCAUAUGAGGCCUGGAGUUAAUAUUAAAGGCGGGUCGAAGACACAGGACUUCCAACUAGAGAAUCGAUUAGAUAAUCAGUUAAUUGAGAAAGCGAAAGGUGUGAUUGAGGGGACACAGAAGUCGAUUAACAUCGAGAUGAAGAUAACAAACGAGUGUCGGGCCUUCACGUCGACUUUGAGCUACCAUAUUUCUUGCAAAUACGACGAACGAGGUCUACCAGACGAUCAACAUAUUAAUAUUCGACUCACCGGAUCAGCAGGUCAAAGCUUCUGCGCCUUUUUAGUCAAGGGAGUUACUGUAACCCUGGAAGGAGAUGCCAACGAUUAUGUUGGUAAAGGUCUUUCUGGUGGCACUGUUGUUAUCUACCCCCCGAAAACCUCUCCUUUCGAAUCCCACUUAAACGUCAUUGUGGGUAACGUCUGUCUUUAUGGUGCCACUUCCGGUCGUGCUUACUUCCGAGGAAUAGCUUCCGAGAGAUUCGCUGUGCGAAAUUCCGGUGCCAUUGCCGUCGUAGAAGGUGUGGGAGACCACGGUUGUGAAUACAUGACCGGCGGAAUCAUCCUCAUUCUCGGCUUAACCGGCCGUAACUUCGCCGCGGGUAUGUCCGGAGGCAUCGCUUAUGUCUGGGACAUCGACGGCAAAUUCUCCACGAAAUGUAACCCCGAACUGGUCGAAUUAUGCAAACUAGAAGACAAAGAAGAUGUCGAUCUUGUCAAAACCCUUCUCCAAGAAUUCAAAGACUUGACUGGAAGUGUCGUCGCCGAGACACUCAUCAACGAAUUCGAGGAACGUCGCAAAGAAUUCGUUAAAGUCUUCCCUUACGAGUACCAAAGAGCCCUCAAGCAGAAACAGGUGGAACAAGCCGCGAUUAAUCAAAACAGCGAACCGAAAAUCCAAGACAUCGAAGACGCGGUUACUGACGUUGCCCUUGAACAAAAGAAACUUGACAAGGUUCGCGGGUUCAUGAAGUACCCCCGUGAGACUGGGAUGUACCGUCCGGCUGAAAAACGUAUGAAGGAUUGGGAUGAAAUUUACAAUUUCGGUCAUGUGAGGAAGGGGCUGAGGGUCCAAGCGGCCCGUUGCAUGGACUGUGGAGUCCCCUUCUGUCAGUCAAACUCGCACGGAUGUCCCCUUGGUAACAUCAUCCCCAAAUGGAAUUUCCUCAUCUUCCAAAACCAGUGGCGCCAAGCCCUGAACCACCUCCUCCAAACCAACAACUUCCCGGAAUUCACUGGAAGAGUCUGUCCGGCCCCCUGCGAGGGCGCCUGUGUGCUGGGCAUCUCUGAGCCGAGUGUGACAAUCAAAAACAUUGAAUGUGCCAUCAUUGACCACGCUUUCGAAAACGGGUGGAUCACUCCCCAACCGCCCCAAUUCCGCACAGGGAAGAAAGUCGCAGUUGUGGGUUCCGGGCCCUCUGGAUUGGCCUGCGCCCACCAAUUGAACAAAGGGGGUCAUUCAGUGACUGUCUUCGAGCGUAAUGACCGCAUUGGGGGGCUCCUCCAAUACGGUAUCCCUACAAUGAAGUUGAGUAAAAACGUGGUGCAAAGACGGGUUGAUUUGUUAACGGCUGAAGGAAUUACCUUCAAGACGAAUAUCAACGUCGGGAAGGAUAUUUCAGCGAAGGAGUUAAGUGAGGAUUACGAUGCUGUGGUGCUUUGUACCGGAGCCACUUGGCCUAGAGAUUUGCCGUUGCCGGGGCGGCAGUUGGGAGGCAUACAUUUUGCGAUGGAGUUUCUGGAGAGUUGGCAGAAGAAGCAAUUGGGAGGGGCGCAUAAUGGCCCCCAUGCCAAAGAUAAAAAUGUGAUAAUUAUUGGAGGGGGAGAUACCGGCUGUGAUUGUAUAGCGACAUCGUUGAGACAAGGGGCGGCUUCUAUUACGACGUUUGAGAUUUUGCCAGAGCCGAGUCCCAAGAGGGGUGCUGAUAAUCCGUGGCCGCAAUGGCCCAGGAUCUUCCGAGUAGAUUACGGACAUGAAGAGGUGAAGGUCCGUUUCGGCAGCGACCCUCGCGUCUUCAGCAUCCUGACGCAAGAAUUCAUCGACAAUGGCCAAGGCCACGUCAGCGGUGUGAAAACCGUCAACGUUGAAUGGACCAAGGACGAGAGCGGUCGCUGGCAGAUGAACCAAGUCCCCGGAACUGAGAAAGUCUUUCCGGCUGAUCUGGUCCUCUUAGCUAUGGGUUUCCUAGGCCCUGAACGAGCCAUCGCCGACCAACUCGAACUCACCCUUGACCCACGUUCCAACUUCAACACUAAAGACUACAAAACCAAUCUGCCCAACGUUUUCGCUGCUGGAGAUUGUCGUCGUGGCCAGUCUUUGGUCGUUUGGGCCAUUUCCGAAGGCCGACAAGCUGCCAGAAGAGUUGAUGAGUUCCUCAAUAAGGGGCAAACUACGCUGCCRGGACCUGGUGGUAUCACUCAACCGAGUUUCAAUCCUGUUCCUUGUCUCGUUUAAAAAUUUCAACUGGCUGUCUCACUGUUUAACGCUUUAAAGUUUUUCUUUGCAGUUGCAUUGUUACCACUUGGUGUUUUAUUGUUAUUGUGAGAAAUUAUAUGCGGUAACAUAUCUUUUGUUUCUGUUUGAAAAACACAUUUUUAUUAACAUAUCUGAAUCAGGUAGUGUAGCUACAAGCUAAGAAAUUCAAUUAGUUGUCAAAAUUGAGAAUGUUAUUAUUAGCCUUAGUUUAAAAGACAAUAACAGCAAAAAUGUGAUGAAAUAGUUAUUACGAAGAGCAGCGAAUAUAGUAAAAUUUUUGGUCGUGAUUCCAUUCAAUCUAAAGUACCUAUUACGCUAGAUUUGAUGAUAGUAUUUUUAUAAAAACUGCUUCCAAUUUAUAAAUUUAAAGCCCAACGCGGAAUCGUGUUUUCAAUUUUCGUUAAACUUCAAAUUUGUUUGUACAUAUUUUUGUUUAUUUUUAUAAAAAGCAACUACGUAAAUGGUUAUUUGUAAUGAAUUAUAUAAUGUUAAGUUUUGUCUGUUUUAAGACUAUUUUGCCUAUUUUUGUCAAAAGUAUAUUACACAUUGCUCGAUUCUAGAAAUCGACUUGUAGUCAAUAUUCAAUAAAAUAUAGAUGUUGUUACAGCA